CGGGUCCCCUCGCGCCCCCCGCUUCCGGUGCACUGGAGCCCGGCGGGAGGGGUUUCCGGGAGCGCGGGUGCUGCGGGGCCUGACGCGGCGGUGGAGCUGGGCCCCGCGCGGAGGGAGGCGGCACCGGGAUGAGCAGCGGCCGCCGAGGGAGCCCGGGGCGCCCGUGACAGACGCUCACUGCGCCCGCAGCGCGUCCUGCAGCUGGCAGCGUUACCCUGGUUCCUUGUCCUGCCCUGCAGAGGUAGCCGGGAGCUGGGGCACCAACAUGAACGAGGUGUCAGUCGUCAAAGAGGGCUGGCUGCACAAGAGAGGGGAGUACAUUAAAACAUGGCGACCCAGGUACUUCCUUCUGAAAAGCGACGGCUCUUUCAUCGGCUACAAGGAGCGGCCCGAGACGUCUGAUCACAGCUUGCCACCUCUGAACAACUUCUCGGUCGCAGAAUGCCAGCUGAUGAAGACCGAGCGGCCCCGGCCGAACACCUUUGUCAUUCGGUGCUUGCAGUGGACGACUGUCAUCGAAAGAACCUUUCACGUGGACUCUCCUGACGAACGGGAGGAGUGGAUGCACGCCAUCCAGACCGUCGCCAACAGCCUGAAGAACCAGGAGCCCGAAGAAGACCCGAUGGAUUACAAGUGCGGCUCCCCCAGCGACACCACCGGGGCUGAGGAGAUGGAAGUGGCCGUGAGCAAGACCCGGGCGAAAGCAACCAUGAACGAUUUCGACUACCUGAAACUCUUGGGGAAAGGCACCUUUGGCAAAGUGAUCCUGGUGCGGGAAAAGGCCACUGGCCGCUAUUACGCCAUGAAGAUCCUGCGGAAAGAAGUCAUCAUCGCAAAGGACGAGGUGGCGCACACGGUUACAGAGAGCAGAGUGCUGCAGAACAGUAGGCAUCCCUUCCUGACGGCGCUGAAAUACGCCUUUCAGACCAACGACCGGCUGUGCUUCGUGAUGGAGUACGCCAACGGCGGAGAGCUGUUUUUCCACCUUUCGAGAGAGCGCGUGUUCACAGAGGACCGGGCCCGUUUCUAUGGUGCUGAGAUCGUGUCGGCGCUCGAGUACCUGCACUCCAGGGACGUGGUCUACAGGGACAUCAAGCUGGAGAACCUGAUGCUGGACAAGGACGGACACAUCAAGAUCACGGACUUCGGGCUCUGCAAGGAAGGGGUAACGGACGGCGCCACCAUGAAAACCUUCUGCGGGACGCCGGAGUACCUCGCCCCAGAGGUGCUGGAGGACAACGACUAUGGGCGGGCUGUGGACUGGUGGGGGCUGGGCGUCGUCAUGUACGAGAUGAUGUGUGGCCGCCUCCCCUUCUACAACCAGGACCAUGAGCGGCUCUUCGAGCUGAUCCUCAUGGAGGAGAUCCGCUUCCCCCGGACCCUCAGCCCCGAGGCCAAGGCCCUGCUGGCCGGGCUGCUCAAGAAGGACCCCAAGCAGAGGCUAGGCGGAGGGCCCACCGACGCCAAGGAGGUGAUGGAGCACCGCUUCUUCACGGCCAUCAACUGGCAAGACGUGGUUCAGAAGAAGCUCGUCCCACCGUUUAAGCCCCAAGUGACAUCAGAGAUCGACACGCGAUACUUUGACGACGAGUUCACGGCGCAGUCGAUCACCAUCACGCCCCCUGACCGAUAUGACAGCAUGGACUCCCUGGAGGCCGAUCAGCGGACGCACUUCCCCCAGUUCUCCUACUCUGCCAGCAUCCGAGAAUAGGCGGCGGCAGGCAGAGACUUGGGCUCCGAGCACGGGAGAACUUGUUGGUUUUGUUCCUGGGAUUUCUCUCCAGCAAUCUGGUCACACACUAGCCCAGCCCCGGAGAUGCAGGGGCAGCCCCAGCUGUUUGAAACGCCGCCAGCCUGGCAUUGCACCGCCGGGCGGAGCCGCGUUGAGAGGAAGGAAGUGCUCCUGCUCCGUGGCUCUGAGCAGCUCCGAGCCCUGGCUGGUUCAGUACCAUGGGGUUGCUUUGAUUUUUAAACUCCUAGAAGUGCUUACAGCUUUUAAAGACAGCCCACCCCACGAGAGAGCCUUCCUCCAGCAUCCGAGGGCCAGGAUGUCAGCUAGCCAUAACCUAACCCAGAGCCGGAGAGACGUUCGUGGAGAGGAAUCCUGUGGAAUCGAAACUGAUCGCCAGGAAUGCCGAGUUUCUGGUGGUUACGGAGAGCGUCGCCGAGUGGCCGGGGCGGGACGGGACUCUCCGCUGGGACGCACAGUAAACCCUCCGAGCAGGCCGAGCCGGCGGCUUGGCCCUCAGCCCAGAGGGCUGUUUACUUCAUUGCUCCGUUAGCUCGGCUCCGGUGCGGCGAGGGACGCUGGCUCCCAGCCCCAGGGUUGGGUUCGUGGGUCCUGUUUUCUCUUCUGCCUGUUACAUCUUUACAGCCCUUCCUGCACCUGACGGGAAAGGGGCACAACCGAGCCGGUGGAAGCCAGAGCCGCGUGGAUCUGGGCGGGCGGGC